UGCGCGCUUGUGCGGUCACUUUUUUAAUGGGUGUAAUAGUAAAGACCAUAGGCAGCUCGUGAGUUUCAAGUUUGGGGAAGCUUACAGUUUAACAUACGAUUUAAACUGAUCUGCAUGACAGUUAUGAUUAUUUUUGCACAUUUUCAUGGAACAGAUUGAUUUCAAUAAUUACGUUUAUGUUUCUCAAAAACACUAUUUUACAUGUGACCUCUGUUCAUUUGUAGGCUAUGAACUGAGCAUAUGUUGCACAGGUUCACUGAGUUGCAAACCAUAUGAAUGGGUCUAGCUCAUUGUUUAGCAGCUAAUGGUGAUUUGUAGAUCUGACGCAGUUGCUAUCCCAGAUUAUGACCUCAGCAAGACGGCCCGAGAACAGGAUGUUAAUGCUUGAUGGAAUGCCUGCAGUCCGAGUCAAAGCCGAGCCCCUGGAAUCGGAACAAGGGUCCCCCAAAGUACACCGCUACCCCACGAUGGACGCUGUCCCCCUCCUCCUGAGCAAAGUCAAAUCUGAACCUCCUGAGGACCUGCUCUCCCAUGACCCCCAUUUCCAGACGCAGACCGAGCCUGUCGACCUGUCAAUCAACAAGCCACGCCCCUCCCCCCCAUCCAUCACCUCCACCGCUUCUCCUGUUACUUCCGCUUUCUCUCCGUCCUCCAUUUCUUCUUUAUCAUCAUCAUCCUCCUCUCCGUCUGUCAUCACAUCUGCCUCAUCUGUGCUCACACCCGGGCCCCUGGUGGCCCCUGGAGCUGGGGUCCAGGGUCAUCAUCAUCAGCAGCAGUUUUUGCACAUCCUGCACCCUGUGCCGCCUCCACCUUCCAGCCCCUUGAACCUGGGAGGGGUACAGGGCAUAGGAGGAGGAGUAGGGGGAAAGAUGGGGGGCCACCACCUGCAUCGUAUCCCUGUAGUGGUACAGUCACUGCCCCUCAUGUACACCACGGCCGUGCGCUCGUCCUCCAGCCUCCACAACAAUGCCAUCAUGCUACCUCUGCUGGACAAUCAUAAGAGCCACCAUAGCAAAGCAUACACAGACCACAACAGCUUGUCGCCGCGGCACAUCAAGAGUGACAGUGACGAUGAUGACCUGCCCAAUGUCACCCUGGACAGUGUCAUCGAGACCGGAUCUACCGCUCUGUCUAUAGCACGCGCCGUACAGGAUUCCAUGUCACCAUUCAGUAUUGAGAGCAUACGGCGCCCCCAGAGGUCAGAGUCGCCAGACUCCAAGAAGAGACGCAUCCACAGGUGUGACUUUGAGGGCUGCAAUAAGGUCUACACCAAGAGCUCCCAUCUAAAAGCACACCGGAGGACGCACACAGGUGAGAAGCCAUACAAAUGCACCUGGGAUGGCUGCACGUGGAAGUUCGCCCGCUCUGACGAGCUGACUCGCCACUACCGGAAACACACAGGCAUCAAGCCCUUCAAGUGUGCAGACUGUGACCGCAGCUUCUCCCGUUCGGACCACCUGGCUCUGCAUCGACGGAGACACAUGCUGGUGUGAGACAGUUUCAGUGUGAUGAUGUCAUCAGACGAAGCAGAAACACACAUUUACACACACACACACAUCGCCGCAGGGGGGAGCGGGGUCUCUCCCUCAAUGUGGUUCAGCUGGACUGGACACACACUGUUGUCUGUCCAUGAGGCAGUGGGAAGAGAGGAGCGAAAAGCACAGAAUGGUGUCUGUCUGUCUGUCCACAAAGCAACAAAAAAAACAGGGUCGGUUCUGGAUCCUCACUGACUGAGGAGGGUUGGAACCGGAGAAGGCUCUUUUGUUGUCAUUUUGGAGUUUGGAGUUUUUACGACAAUCUGUCUUUUUUCCUAGCACUGUUCUUAAAUGGUUUCACUUCUGAGUUUUUUUGGAGGGAUGUUCUUCGUUCAUUUGGAAGGAAACUUGAAUCGAAACCAUUUUCUUCUUGGUGUCUUUGUUUUGGUUAUAUUGUUCAAAAUGGCUGCUUUUCUAGCAUCUAUAAUGUGAAAGAGCUAUGGAUUGGAUGGCUGGAUGAAUGGAUGGAAGGGCUGUAUGCAUGUGUUUUGAAGUAUAGGGCCUUGGAUUGGACAAUGGAAUAAAAAGACACAGAUUCCAAUUUGCCUAUGGAAAGUAUUGUUGCACAGUUCCCGCCGUAUAGCAGCUUCCUGCAUCUCUGUGUUUCAGGACAACCCGGCACCAGAGGGGGCCAUCCACACAUAGAUUGUACCUAUACAAACUGGUUUGAGUGUUCUAGAAUCAGUAUUUUAGAAUAAAUUCUAGUACCAGUGUUGAAGCAUUCGGAGCAUCUCAAUGGACCAGUGAUAUAGAUGCAGAGUUGUUUUUGCUAUUUGUUUUGUUUUUCAUUCAAUGGAUCUUGUUAACACACAAGAUCGACUCAACCACAUUGAGGCUCAUCACCUUGAGCCUCUUCUAAACUUUUUCUUAAAAAAAACUUUUUUGGUGCAUUUUGUGCAGUGAUUAGCAAUCAGUAAAGUGCAAUCUCAUUGGGUAAAUAUAGUUUUAAUAUGGAGACUUUUAUUGUUUAUAGUAUCUUGCUGUGUAUGCCUGCUUUUGAUACAUUUCACAAAGAAACAUAAAUCCACACCCCAAUGUACAAUGAAAAAUCGAAUUAACACACGGUAUGUGAAAACAACUGUGAAGCACCUUACAGAUUCGCACAUAUGAUGAUUCCAUAAUAUUCAAGGAUUUUGUUUCAUAUCCCUGGUAUUUUCAGUGAAAGGGAUUGGCAUUGUGAUCAUUUGUGUGUUGGUAGUCUAUAGGUAAAGCAUUUUGGCUUCAGUUCAGAGGGCUAACCCGUCACUCGGUUACUCUAGUUCAAUUGGAAAGCAAUACAUUCAGAACAGGGAAAUGUUGUUCUUGUAUCCUUGUUCUGGUUGCUGAUACCCAAAAUGACUCUAAAUUACUCUGUUACAGAUAUAUUUCUAUCAGUGCCACUUCGUACUCUAUACUACAAAUUUCUAUAUUUCUACUGGGUUUGUAGCUACAGCACAAGGUUCUAGGCAAGCUCACUCUAUACAGUUUGGAAAAUGUCACAUUAAUGAUGGGUGGUUGAGGAGGAACAGGUUUUUAAAAAUGUAUUUAUGAACAGACCUACAUGUUUGUCAAACUUGGAACAAAAUCUCCCCUACUCUUUUCUAUAUACUGCAGUACACCAUGCACACAGACAGUUGGCCCUGUAGCUUUGUCUGACGGUUUGCGAGAGAGCAGUGUCUUUUUUAGUCACACAUACACCAAACAUGAUGUGAAGUCUUCAGAUCCAGCUUCAGGUCUACCUUUUCUUGCAAUUUGUCUUGCAUGUCCCUCAAUGACAGAUAUCCAUAUUACGGUUUCUACAGUCUCAUCUACCAUAUCUCAGAGUAAAGGGUUAUUCAACACAGUAAAACCACAUUUUGAUCAGUCUCUGUACAUGGAUCAAAAAGAGAUCUACGGCAAUAUAGAGAUUUUUAUAUAGUCGUAGAUUUACAGCUAUAGGCUGCCUUACAAAAGUAUUCAGACCCCUUGGAUUUCUUCAAAUUUAUUGUGUUACGAAGUGGAAUUAAAAUGGAUUUAAUUGUAAUUUUUUGUCAACCAUAUACAUACAAAACUCUGUAAUGUAUUUUUUUUUUAUUAAUAAAAUAAAAUAUAGUCAUUGCAUAAGUAUUCAGCCCCUUUUGUUUAGGCAAGCCUAAAUUAGUUCAGGAGUAGAGUUUGGCUAAACAAAUCACAUGUACAUGGACUCACUCUAUGUGAAAUAAUAGGGAUUGACAUGAUUUCUAAAGGACUAACUCUUCCUCUGUCCCCCAUACAACAUCUGUAAGGUCCCUCAGACAAGUAUUGUAUUUAAAGCACAUAUUCAACUACAGUCGAGGGAGAUUUCGAAAGCCUCAUUUGUAGGUGGGUAAUAAUAACAAAACAGACAUGGACUAUCUCUUUAAGCAUGGUCUAGUUAAUAAUUAUGCUGUGCAUCAUGUAUUACACCACCUAGGCACCUCAAAGAAACAGUCGUUCUUCUGAACUGAGCUGCAGGACGGGAAUGAAACUACUCAGGUAUCUAACCAUCAGACCAUUGGGGAUUUUAAAACAGCUACGUAGUUUAAUGGCUGUGAUGGGAGAGAACUGAGGAUGGAUCAAAUCAAAUUGUAUUGGUCACAUACACAUAUUUAGCAGAUGAUCAACAACAUUGUAGUGACUCCAAAAUAAUGACCUAAAUGAUAGAGUGAAAAGAAUAACACAAAUAUAGAAAAUAAUAUAAUACUUCAAAAAAACAUGGCAAAUGAAUACACUUUUUUGCCUAAAUGCAAAGCCCUAUUUUGGGGCAAAUCCAAAACAACACAUCACUGAGUAACUGUCUCUGAUUUUCAAGCUUGGUGGUGGCUGAAUCAUGGAUGCUUGACAUCAGCAAAUACUGGGGAGUUUUUCAGGACAAAAAUAAAUGGGAUAGGGCUAUGCAGUCAAAAUCCUGGAGCAAAACCUUCUUCAGUCUGCUUUACAUCAGACACUGGAAGAGGAAUUCACCUUUCAGCAGGACAAAAACCUACACCACAAGGCCAAAUCUACACUGGAGUUGCUUACCAAGAAAACAGUGUUUGUUCCUAAGUGGCCAAGUUACAGUUUUGACUUUAAUCUGCUUGAAAUAGUAAGGCAUGACUUGAAAAUUGCUGACUAGCAUUUUGAACAUAAUAAUUGGCAAAUAUUGCCCAAUCCAGGUGUGCAAAGCUCUUAGAGACUUACCCAAGAAGACUCACAGCUGUAAUUGCUGUCAAAUGUGUUUUUUAACAUGUAUGGACUCAGGGAGCUGAAUAUGUACGCAACGAAUAUAUUUCCUUUAUUUCUUCUGAAUAAUAAAAUAAAUGAAUAUAUGUAUCUUCCACUUUGACAUUACAGAGUAUUUUGUGUAGAUUGAUGAGAAAAGAAAUACAAUUCAAUCAAUUUUAUUCCUACUUUGUAACGCAAUAAAAUGUGAAGAAAUCCAAGGGAUCUCAAUACUUUUGAAAGGCAUAUGCCCUACUGGGGUAUUCAACAUUUUUUAAUAUGGCUCAACUUCCAUUUAGUCUUAGCUAUGACAUCAACCACUUAUGUUUUGCAGGUUGUUUGAUGUCAACUUCAAAUUACCAAUUUAUCCAGCCGGUUGGAAAUAAAUGCCUAUGGACAUACAAAUAACACUACAUAAAUCUUUCUGAGAUACAUGAAAGCAAUAUUGUCAGCUUUUCCUAUCAGCGAAGUGAUCAGAUUUCACUUUUUGCAAUUAUGUGACACAGAUCUCAUGGUGUUUAUCACUAUCAAAGCCGUUCAUAACAGAAUCCCACAUGUAUGAUAACUGUAUUUGUUCAAAGUAUUUUUACAACAUGCAUUUUAUACACAGUGGUUUUCGCUGGAUCCCCUCUUACAGUUUCAGGAGCACAUUUCAGAAGGCCAGUGACUUUAAUAACACACACAGACACACCAGCGUAGUGGUCCUGUACUAGAAUUCAAAACCACAUCCUUACCUGAAACAAAAAUGUAUUUUGCAGAAACUUGCCCAAUUCGUCUCUUUCCCUUUUGGUAUGAUGAAGUAUUAUAAUAUAUGUCAUAUUAUGUUGCUACAGUAUAUGUUGUUUGUGUACAUGUGAAUAUUUCCAAUUGUAUUGCCUUUUUUGGCUCAAGCAUAUCAUCAGCACCUUGUUUGUUAUGAAGCAUAGUUUUUAAAUGAAUUCAUUUUAAAUGUUAAAUCCAUUGAUACAUAUGAAUAAUUAUCACCAUAUUUUAUUAUUCAUAUACUGUACUUUUCUGAAAUGAGGGGCACUUCAUCUUGCAUAUAACAGUUUUCUGUAAAAAAAUAUAUAUAUUUUGAAAUGUUGUAAAAUAUGUGAUAGUGGAAAUAAAUAAAAAGUAUAACUCAGUUCUACAGUCUGUAUAUACAUAAAAAAAUAGGGCUUUUAAUUAUUAGACAAUAGGAAACAAAUUUAUACAUGUAAAGUCUUUUUCAGAGACACUCAUUUAUCUGAUUUGAUAUACAGUACAAUGGAGCUAUUGAUGAUAAACAAUUUUGUUAUCUAAAAUACUCAUAUAAAUGAUCAAAUGUGACGUCAGAAAUUUGCCAUUUAGCAUUUUGGUUUGUGAUUGUCUUCUUUCUCAAAACAAAAGAAGGUUUCCAUAUAAAUAUUGUCAACCAUUUUAUCAGAUAAUUGCUGUAUAGAUCAAACCCAAAUACGUUAAUCUCCACCCAGCCAUGUUCAAUUGAACAAUCUUACAAGUAGAAGUGCAGAUUCAUAUCAACAUUAUAUCAAACUAUUUUAUUCAGGGUUUUAUUCACAAUAGCAUCGUUAUUUUAUUUUAUUUAACUUCACUUGAAAGUUAACUAAUAUUUUGCAUGUGUACACAGAGGCUUAUUGUAUGCAUGCAUUACCACUCCCCUUUAGCAUUAUGAAAACUUUUUACAAGCAUCCUUUUGUAAGCAGGGUCAAACUUAUGCAAUAAUGAAUAGUGCCUCCUAUCACAGCAAAUCUCUGAAAAGCAUCCACUUAAACUAUUUCACAACUAACAUGUAUCAUAUUAAUUCAAAUAAUAGACCUUUGAAUUGAUACUCAGCCAGAGAAGUAUUCGUAAAAAAUAAAAGCACAUCAACUCUGAAACCAUUAUGCAAACAGGCCACCUCCCAUUUUUCAGUUUAUAUUCAAUGCACUGAGCCUUACCACAUUGUUUCAAUACAGUAUCCUCAUACCAGCCUUUUACAUGCUGUAUGAAUCUCCUUUGGAAGCUGAAUAUGAUUUGCAUGGAUGUAUUUUGCUGAAAACUUCGCUUAAAGAAUUUAAUUAUUUUAUCGUCAUCGUAUCAUGUGUGUUUUGACCUCUCCGAUACUGGUUAUUUGUGCAACUACUUUAAUUUUUUCAUAAUCAUAUUGCAGCAUGCAAAAGCAGAGAAGAGCCAUUUAAAAUAACUGAUUUUACACAGUGUUGAAUGUAUUGUGGUUCACAGGGAAAGCUCUAUUGAAUGUGUAAAAGCCGGAAUACCAACCCUUGGGGAGCACCCUGUGAAAUAAUUUUGAUUACACUUAUAUCUGUAUCCGUUGAAUAUUAAUUUAAUUUCUGUUUAAAUUAUGUGUUUCUUUUAUCUCUGCUUUUGAGUAAUUAUUUAGUGAUGCGAAUGCCUUUGUUUCAAGCUUACUGUUAUUAGGUACAGUAAUUGUUGUUCCUGUAUUUAUGUACAGUGCCUGUAUUGUAAAUUUAUUUCGAGCUUUUCAUUCUUACAGUAAAAUUGUGAUAUUGCCCCACAAUGUUUCAACGGGAGACCCUAGCUCAAGGAAUUCUACGAACAGAUUCGGAAUCCCAAUGUUUUUCAAAGGUAGAAAUAACAAGUGUUUUUCUCAUUAUUUUUCUUUCUUCUGUUCUUUCUUUUCUGUUCUUCAAAAGUUGUCUAAAUAUUCUGUCAAUAUUCUUCAUAUGGAUGGAGCUGUGAAAUGAAACCGAGUUCAAACAUAUACAUGUAUAUUAAUAUGAAUGGAGGCAUGAAGGUUAAUAAAGUUACAUUUUGUAUGUAA